AUGAUUUGACGCACGCACCGUACGCAAAAUGUAGCGCGUGUGCGUUAUUUCAUCGAGCUAGCUCGAAUCUGGAACGAAAGCAACGGAUUUUCGAGUAGCAGACUGAGUGAUCGGUGACUUGUCUUGGUAAAUCUGUGUGCCGCUGCUGGCCUUCUCUCCGCUACCAUUCUCCACGCGUUUCCGGUAUUUUCUGCGGUGGGUGUAACUGACUCAUCAUCAUCAACCUCAUUCAUACCCCUGCAUGUGGACGGGUCGCAAACAAGUGAUUUGUGUGCUGUAUUUUUUCCGAGAGUAUUAACGUGUUUCAGGAAUAUACAAAACAAAUUGUGAUUGAAGGAAUAUAAAUCUAGGAUUACCGCAAUGGCCAGUCGGAUGAGGAAGUUAUUUCAUCGGCAGAAUGCUGCCGCUGUGGAAGAACGGCGUAAAAUGCGAAAGGAUCUCUUUGCAUUCAACAAGACCGUUGAGCAUGGCUUCCCCAAUAAGCCAACCGCCCUUGCCUAUGAUCCUAAGCUGAAUAUCUUCGCCAUUGGGACAUCAAAUGGAGUCAUCAAAAUAUAUGGAGCUCCUGGUGUUGAAUUCAUCGGUAUCCAUUCUGGAGAUUUCUCCGUCUCAAAGCUCUUCUUCUUGCCAGCUCAGGGACGCAUCAUCAGUUUACUGGAUGACAACAGUCUCCACUUGUGGGAGAUCAACCAGAAAGAUGGGGGAUCUACCAUGGAUGAAGUCAAGAACUUCAUGAUAGAGGGACGCUUGAAGAAGAUCUCAGUGUGUUGCCUGUCAUCAGACUCCUCCCGUCUCUACCUGGGCACAGAGGGCGGCAACAUCUAUCUCCUGGAUGUGGAGUCCUUUGAGCUGGAAGACCACAUUGUCUACCAAGAUGUCGUCAUGCAGAAGUUAAAUGAUUCUCCAUCUUCCAGUGUACCCGAUGACUUCAAGGUGAACCCCGGAGCAGUGGAGGCCAUCGCCCAACAUCCCAGUGACAAGGAUAGACUCUUGAUCGGCUACAACCGAGGACUGAUGAUCAUCUGGUUCCAGAGUGAGCUGAUGCUUGAAGCUUCGUUCGUUGGUCACCAGAUAGAAUCUCUAUGCUGGCAUCGGGAUGGAACCCACUUCACCAGCUCUCACAAUGACGGUAGCUACCAGGUGUGGAAGGUCUCCGGAGCAUCUUCACCGGCCAAAGAACCUCUGGUGCCAUAUGGACCAUUCCCUUGCAAAGCCAUUCCAAAGAUCCUUUACUUGACAACCAAGAGUGAGCCGUUCACUAUCUUCUCCGGUGGUAUGCCAAGGGCGAGCUACGGUGAUCGUCACGUUGUCACGGUGAUACAGGACAAGACGCAACAUGUCGUCUUUGAUUUCACAUCCAAGGUCAUCGACUUCUUCACAAUGUCAAAUGCCACGGAUGAAGAUGAAUUUGAUGAGCCACACACUCUUGUCGUUCUGGUAGAGGAAGAGAUUGUUUUCAUUGAUCUACAAACAAAGGGAUGGCCCACUUUCCAGCUGCCUUACCUGUCCUCCCUGCAUGCCUCGGCCAUCACAUCAUCCAACUACAUCAGCAACGUUCCUUCUCAACUCUGGGAGAAGAUCCAGGAAGCCGGGGAACACCAACAACAGAACACAGCAUCGCAGAGGGAGUUUCCAGUGUGCGGAGGCAAGAACUUGGUGGAGACCCCUGCUUACCACGAUCUCCUCCUGACCGGUCAUGAGGAUGGGUCCAUCCGCUUCUGGGAUGCCUCCAGCUCAGCUCUCAAGUUCCUCUACCAGGUCAACGUGGCUCAUGUCUUCACCCCUGAAGGGGAGCAGAACAGCUCCCCCGGUGUCGUAGAGGCCGAGGAAGAGUGGCCACCAUUCCGCAAGGUGGGUAACUUUGACCCUUUCAGCGACGACCCUCGUCUUGGUAUCCAGAAGGUGGUGCUGUGCCCUCAGAGCGGUACCUUGGUGUCCGGUGGAACCGCUGGUCAGGUGGUGGUCAUGAAGAUGGGCGAUGAUGAGGAAGAAAAGAAGACCGUUGAGGCUGUUCAAGUCAAGAUUGUAGUCGACGACAAGUUUGUGUGGAAGGGUCACGAAGCCUUGCCUGUCAGAGAAGAACCCUUCAAGCUGCCUCGGGGUUUCCAAGUGGAGCUAGUAGCCCAAGCCCACCCUCCAGCUGCCAUCACAGCUCUGGCCUUCCAAUCAACCUGGGGCAUCGCUGCCUUCGGUACCGGCCAUGGUUUCUCUCUCAUCGACACCACGCUCAAGCGCCUUAUCCAGUCCCACUGCACCCUCAACCCCGACGACCUCUCGGUGACCGGUGAGCACAUGUCGCGGCGGAAGUCGCUGACCAAGUCGCUCAGGGCGUCGCUGCGCCGCGUGAGGCAGAAGAGGGGCACCGCGAAGCCACGGAAGCAGAGGGACAGGCGCUCGAAUGAUACCGGUGGUAAAGUGAUCGAGGGGAGUGACAAUACACCUACAACACCAGAGAAGGAGAGCAGAGGAAGAGGGUUUGAUGACGCUGAUCUGGUACCCAUCGAAAGAAAGAUAGAGGCUCGAUCGGAAGACCCGAAAGUCAGUAUGGUUCGCUAUGUCUACUUCGCUAACACGUUUGUUAGGGAUGCUCACACAGCUACACCGUCACUUUGGGUUGGUACAAAUGCUGGUAUCAUCUAUAUCUACUCGCUUGGUGUUCCAACGGGAGAGAAUAGAGUACAGGGCAAUGUGAUGGCGGAGAUCAGCAAGGAAAUCAAAUUGAAACACGGUGCCCCAAUCAACUCUAUGGUAGUAGUGGACAGUGAUAACAACCCCCUACCAGACCCUAUUGAGGUCCAACAUGAGUGUGCCAAGCCUCCCAACAUGAGUGGACACAAUCUCAUUGUAUGCUCGGAGGAACAGUUCAAGGUCUUUGCUCUACCAAGUCUGAAGCCAAGGUAUAAGACCAAGCUAACAGCAAUGGAUGGAUCCAAAGUACGCAAAGUGGCCUUCAUCAAUUAUCGCAGCAAAAACAAUGAAUCUUAUAAUGAGAACCACAUCAGCUGUUUAACCAACCAAGGUGAGUUGGGUAUCUACAGCAUCCCACAUCUCAAGAGGCAGGAUGUCUACCAGGCGCUGAGGAAGGAGAACGUUACCGGGAUCGCAUCACUUCUAUUCACCCCCAGGGGGGAAGGCAUGUACCUCCUCUCGCCAUCGGAGUUUGAAAGGUUCACCAUGUCAGCCAGGACAGUGACAGAGCCCCUGUGUAUGCUGGAGCUAGCAGAAGGCAUGCGCCCGGUGCCCCCUGAACCCGAGGUGGAGCCUGAGCCAGAGCCAGAACCGGCUGCCGAAGCCACGGAAGACGGGGAGAAAGCAGACGAAGCGGCAGGAGGCGAUGCUGCUGCUGCUGCUGCUGGAGUUGAGGUUGCCAAGGAAGCUAAAGCUGAUGCAGAGGAACAACAACCUGGAGAGGAGGAUGCCAAACAACCCUCAGAUGAACCCCCAGCAGCUAUCCUUCAAAAUGGCCCCAGUGAGGAGGCCACGACGGAGGAGCCCACGGCCGGAGGGGACGCCGAGACGGCCGCAGCCAUAGAGAAAGAAGUAGAGAACCAAACUGCCGACGAACUAGUGAAUGAAGUGGAUGAAUUGCUUGCCAAGACAGGAAUCAACAUCAGCAUCGAGGGCGAGACCGAUGACAACCCGGACAUCACCAUUGACGAGGUCAAGGAAUACGACACUAAACCAAAAGAGGAGAUUGUAAAUGGGACCGCCGUUCCCGAAGAGGAUGUCACGAUUAAAGAGCCCUCGCUUGCUGAAAAUGGAGAAAUUGAGACUAAUGAAGUGAAUGGGGAGCCGCAGCUUGAGAAAUUGCAGAUUGAGGAGUAACGUUGAUUGACCGAAGCAAGCGCCACGAUCGAGAAGGGGUUAUUCCAUGUGCCACACGAUAUAUCUCCAUGGUGAUCACGAAGCAAGGCAGAGCGUGAAAUGUGUGUUAGUCAAGACAUAGCGUGCAAACUUUCAAAGAAACGAUUCAAACCGUUUUGUGGUGUAUUUCUCUAUAUCGCUUCCUCUCUAUUUUUAACAGACAACUUGCAGAUUUUGUUUCAAUGCUCAAUUUUCCAAUGAAAUGAACUUGUAGUCUAGGCAAAUGCUAGGAGUUGACUGUCAAUAAAAAAAAAUUAAAAAUACUUGCUUUUUUCAGAUUGAAUGUGUGGAGAUAUGAAGAACUGCAACUGAGAAUAUACCCCUUUCUGCUCAAAAGUAUUUCAAUAUAAAUGUGAUGAUUUGAUUCUUGAUGGGACCAAUUUUGAUUCUUUAUUUUGGUGUGUAAAUUUCUUUUGAUAACUUAACCAUGCUUAGGCUGCCAGUACAAGUAGGUCAGUACGUAUUUGAAACUAUUCCAGUGCUAUACAUAUAAAGCUACAUGUAUAUGCUUGAAAUCUUGAAAUGGAGUUGGUAAAACUUGAUGUGGAAUGGGGUAUUAAUGAAUUUGCCAGAUUGUUGCAGUUGGUAUCAAAGUGGUUGUAAAAAACUGAUUGACCCUAGUAAUAUCUACAUCAAUGAUGAAAAUGGAUUAUUUCAAACUCAUGGGGAGAGUUUCAUGAAAAGUUUUGUCAGUGGUUUUCAUUGAUAGAUGUUAUAAGCUACUGAAAUCCUUGCCUCUGAUUGGCUUAGAGCAAAUUAAAUGGUUUAGGUCACUGACAAGAUGAUUCACGUGAAAGGACCAAUUUCUCUAUGUUUAUAUGAGGGAGAGAUGCCACAUGGAACUGAUGAUAAUGUGUUUGUGAACCAGUCUGAACAUUGAUUGUAAUUUAGAUAUUAACAAGCGUUAACAGAUCAGCUUAAUUACAUGUCGUCAGCCGUGGGAUGUCUGGUUAAUGCAAAGAUUUUUACAUGUAGUAAAUUGUGGCAUUUUCAAGAACUAAAGAUCAUGACAGAUGCUAUGAUUAACCACGUUAUGAUACGAUGCCGUACAUUCAUAAUUAUCACUCGCAUUCCGCUUUAAUGUCCAUUUAGAAAAUUUAUCUUGCUUUUCAAGCAUAAACACAUCAUGAAAAUGAACAUUAAAUAAAUCAUGUGCAUUCCGAACUGAGUUCACAGGUCAAUUGUAAUCAGACGUGUUCGAGAUGUUUUUUAAGAUUUUACAAAAGUUAAAUACAAACCAACUGUUGUAUCUUAGUUAAUUUUGCAGCUUUUCUGUUAUCUUUCCAUUGGUGUGGUGUAAACUGUAUACAAAUUUAAAUGACUGCCUUUUGACAAGAGACGGAGCCCCAUAUGUUUUUUUUACUUACCGGUAAUUGACAAGAGAUUAAUCAACAUCUUUAAUUAGGGUAAAAAAUAUUCUCUUUGCUCUAAACUAACUUCAACAGAGUGAACAUUUAAUGAUAAACAUUUUCAACAAAUCAUUGAUUUUUAUGUCGAAAGUUUGUGCAAAUAAACGACUGGUAUUUAGAAUUCAAGAUGUAAUAUCAGUAAACAAUUUGAUGGAUUAAAAACAUUUGGAUUUAAGAAAGUAGGAUUCGUUUUAUGAUCAUCAAUGCAAUCCUUUUGUUGCUCAUGAAUGCAAAAUUUACUGUAACGUCGUCAGUACUCGCAUUGUAGUUUGUUGUAUUAUGCGGCAUGUAUGAAACUUCAGUACCUGUGAAAAAGUACUUUAACUUGUAGUACUAGUUUUGUUUGUAACUUGGGGUUAUGUAGAAACCUCUAACAUUGUCCAAAGAAUACUGUAGUAGAAUAAGUGGCAUAGACCAUUCCUAACUUGACAAAUCUUUUUUUUUAAUUCUUUACAAGCAUUGUGAUGUUGAGGUUUUCCGAUUUGUUAAUGUGUGGAUUUGAUGUGAUGAAAAGCAGUGUUAGGUAUUGCUAUGAAAGACGGCAGUCCGUAUUUAGUGAAUAUUGCUAAACUUUGACCAAUGAAAUUAAUGACACAGGUGUUUGUAUAUUGAUGUGUUAUGCCUUAAAAGGAAUGAACGUCUUGUUGUUGUAUAGGUAAUGAGAGGUAAAUUUGAAAUUGGGACUUUGAAUGAAAAUUUCUAGUUUUUUUUUCUGAUCGAACUGCGUCUUCUUUUUUCUACUCCGCCUGUGCCAUUUCUGCAAUGUGCAGUGCAGGCAGAGUAACAUAUCUAUGAAUGUCAUUUGACGUAACAAUUUGCUGGUUUGAUGCAAUUAUGUAUUUGUAGUAAAUGGUAGUAUUUUGAUGGAAAAUGGUGUUUGAUAAAUUGUGAGACCAUGUCGGAAAAUGUUAACAAUUGUACAUCUAGUUGAUUGUGAUCAAAAUUUCUUUCUAUAAAUGAAGUAUCGGCUUUGAUAUUGUGUAAAAUUUCAUAAUUGUGUAAUAUGUGUAUAAAACAAAGGUUGUACUAUUUUUUCCUCUUCCUGUUUUGUGACUGUUGUUUUUGCUAUGCUUUGUUAUGUCGGUCGAAUACUCAGUGAUUGUUUGUAUGUGGUGAUGUAAUGCAUUAUGACGCCAGAUAAGAGUAAGAAUUUAAAAUCGGCUUCUUGUUUUGUUGGCUGUUUCUGCCAAUGACAGGUCUGACAGACUACUUGCUAUGAGUGCAUAUUUUCUUCUAAAGGAGUGUGCAUUAUUGCUUCUUUGGUAUUUAAAGUGCAUCUCUGCUUAAAAAUGAUAAACUUUUUUUUAGAACUCUAGAUGUAUUCAUUUCCACAUAUCAUGUGGGUAUAUUGUACAUUGUUUAUUGCUUUUGCAUCCCAUGUAAUGGUUAAAUGUGAAAAAUAUGCUAUCAAAUUAUAAUUAUGUAUCUUAUGAUUUGUGUUGUUGGAAAUCAGUUUUAUGCUGCUUGUAAUAUUUUCUUUUAUUUUAUUCCUGCUGUAUUUUGAGUAUAGUGAUGUAAGUAGUACAAGCGGUCUUGUCAUUUUAUCUUUUCAUGGGGAAUAAAAAUGAAUUGCAGACCAGUUGCCAACAAGGAUACUUAAACUUUGUAAUUCAUUUAUUGGUUUCUUGACAAAUGUGCUAGAUAUUUUUUGCAAAUUUAUUCAAAAAAAAAGUAGUCAUGACAUUCCUUCUAUCUUUGUAUUUUCUCCUUUUUUUGAAAAAUAUUUGUUCGUUUGUAAAAUUGUGCCAGAAUAAUAAACAUUGUGUGAAUGUA